GAAAUUCAUUCAUUAAAACUACAACAACAACUGCUGGACGGUAUUUUCAACAAACAAACAAACAAUCAAAUAAAACUAAACAAUUAACUGAAAAAAAUAAAGGAAAAUAAUUUACAAACAAAAAUGUCGCAAACUGAAAUGAAAGCCUCCUCACCCACACCCUCCUCGGCCACAACACCCGAUGUCAUUAACAAAGCAGCCACCAAAUUGUGUCACAUUGUCAAACGGCCCGAUUUUGAUGGUUAUGGUUUCAAUUUGCACUCGGAAAAGGCUAAACCAGGACAAUUUAUAGGUAAAGUUGAUGCCAACUCACCGGCCGAAGCAGCCGGUCUUAAAGAGGGAGAUCGUAUCAUAGAAGUCAAUGGAGUGGCCAUUAAUAGUGAGACACACAAACAAGUGGUGCAGCGUAUAAAGGCCAUUGCCGGUGAGGUGCGUUUGUUGCUGGUGGAUGUUGAAGGCAAGGGUGAUGGUUUAAUGUUUAAUGGCCAACAGAGUAAUGGAAAAACUGCAAUGGAAACCUCAAAAACGGAACAAGUUUUACCCGGAGCUAGUGAAAAUAUCAACAGCAUUACAAUGGUAUCAACAAAAAGAGCCUCCCAAGAGUCCCAACGUUCGAGUGCGCAGGUUAACAACAACAACAGUAUGGAUGUUACGGACAAGGCAGUUAGUGUUGCAGAUCAGACAGUUAUGAUGAACAACAACAACAACAAUAUACCACCACCUCCCUCGGCCACCAUGGCUACAUCACCCACGAAAUCCAUGAUGAACAAUAAUAUCAGCAGCAACAACACUUUAAGCAACAGCAAUAGUGCUCAUACGGAAAUGCCAGCAGCAUCAGCAGCCAGCGGAAGUGCUAGUGGUAAUGGCACCACCAUCAAGGCAGGCAGCUUACAGCUGCCCAUGACUGCUGCCGAAAUGCGUGCCAAACUGAUGAUGAAAAAGAAAUAUGAUCCCAAAAAUGAAAGCGUGGACUUGAAGAAGAAAUAUGAAAUUGUACAAAAACUUUAAAAAUUUUUCCAAAAAAAAAUCUUUAUUGUUUUUCUAUUUGCAAAAAAAAAAUCAUUUUCUUUUAUUUUUUUAUAACUAUAGUUCUGAAGUCAU